UUGAUCUGCUACCAGACAUAGAGCUGGUAGAAGAGGCUCUACAGCUGGAGUGUUUUGGAGCUUUAUCCUACAGCCCUGGAGGAACAGGAUCAUCUAAACUGUAGAAGGGCUCUCCAGAUUCUAGCUAGGGGGUGUGGAGCUACUUUGAGCUGGAUAACGGUGGAAAAAGUGAUUUUUCAGGGCAAAUUAUGCCCGAUGUGACCCAGUCUGGUGUUUGGACAAACUGUUAAAAUUUCUGGAUCUCAGAACACUGUGGGAAGAAUGAAUGAAGUCCUGGUCCAAGUCUUCUCCUGCUCCUAGUGCUGCCUUUCAUUCCUGGCUGAAGUUUAUCACCACAAACAGCCAGUCAGACUGUAUAAACAUCAAGGUUAAGUGGCUGAAAGAAUAUAAUAUACAUUAAUUACAUGACUUGGCUUAAUUACAUAUAAAUUAAGCCAAGUCAGUGAAAGAUGAAAACUCACCACUGUUCAGAUUGCGGGAAGAGUUAUUCUAGACUGAGUAAUCUCAAAAUACACCGGCACAUUCACACCGGAGAGAAACCUUAUCACUGUUCCGACUGUGGGAAGAGUUUUAAUCAUCAGAGUAUUCUGAAAACACACCAGCGCAUUCACACUGGAGAGAAACCGUUUCACUGUUCAGAGUGUGGAAGGAGGUUUAGUCAACAGAUAAAUUUCCAACGACACCAGCGCAUUCACACUGGAGAGAAACCAUAUCGCUGUCCAGACUGUGGGAAGAGUUUUAAUCAAAGUAAUAAUCUCAAGAAACACCAACUUAUUCAUGCAGGAGAGAAACUGUAUCCCUGUUCAGACUGUGGAAGGAUUUUUAAUCAACUGACUUAUCUCCAACUACACCAGCGCACUCACACAGGAGAAAAACCUUACCACUGUUCAGACUGUGGGAAGACUUUUAAUCAACCAGGCACUCUCAACAGACACCAGCGCAUUCACACAGGAGAAAAACCAUAUUACUGUCCAGACUGUGGGAAGAGUUUUAACCAACUGAUUACUCUCAACAGACACCAGCGCAUUCACACAGGAGAGAAACCGUAUUGCUGUUUGAAGUGUGAGAGGAGCUUCAGGCAUUUACAUACAUUUAAGAACCACAAGUGUCCUAACGAAGACCAAAGGGACAGUUGAAGACAAAGCUUUUCAAAGUUUUAUCACAGUUAAACUAAUUAUGUCUGAAAAUGAUUGUUUUUAAAACAUUUGAUGCCUGCUACCAUGUGCUGUACACCUAAGUUCCCUACAAAACUGAUUAGCAUUUAUUAUUACAAGAUUUGUCUGUUUGAUUUUUAGAACAUAAUUCUUCAACUUAUUAACAACUUAUUAACUGCAAAUAUUUUUAUUUAAUAAUUGCUGUCUUGGGCAUAUAAUAAAUGAAAACAAUAUGUUGGAGCUCCCCCGUUUCAGGCUGCAAAAAAGGUCUGCCAUAUUUGAAUCUGUUCAAAGCUCUGUUUACUGUUAUUACACGACAUUCGCGUUUAAAGCGAGGCAUAAAAUGAACGUUUUGAUACAGUUUGCACAACAAAGGGUCUACACUGCUUUAAUGCCCUGUAUUGAGCUUAACAUCCCUAUCCUAUAUGGAUAUAUGAUGUUUAAUAUGUAUUUCUUUUAUAUGAUUUAAGUCAUUGGAUAUUAAUUGGAGUAGUUUGUUUUGCAGGACAUUGUUUUUUUUUUUUAAAUGCUUUUGCUGUAUUGUGAAGAACUAUGAAUAAAAAAAUUAACCGAU